AUGAGUAUCCCUGCUAACAACGGGGUCGAAGUGAACACCGCGCUCUCGCGACUCAUUGGGGACGCAUUCCGCGAAAGAGACGUCGCUCGGGUAGAAGAGUCGCUUCGGUGUGCAUUGGAUGCCCUCAAGGCGAAGAGAGAACAGGAAUGGGAUACAUGCACGCCAGGAAGUAUGUGCAAGUCACUCUUGCAUGCAUACACCCUCACUAUUCGUGAGAACGCUGUGGACAGUACAGAAAAUGUUAAAAACGGCGAGCCUAUGUGGAAGUGGAUGCUGCACCUCACUGUGUGCACUGGCCUUACCGUCGUGGAGCUCUGCGCCAUGCCCGCUGCAGGCAACAAGGCCGCUACUGUGAUGAUGCAAACACUAUCGGAGCUCCUGCGCCCGCCUUCCCACGCAUUGCGCGAGAAGACGAGCGACACACAGCUCUUCUGGCGGUGCUACCCGUGGUGGUGUUGCCUUCUUCACCAUUGCCUCGCGGCCUCACAGCAGAGCGAGGCUGUAGAUGCAGCAAUCUCGGACGUGGCUUCCCGCGCGGUGGGUUGGGUGGCGCACCGCUAUGCCUUGGCGGAGACGACGGAGGCGGCGGUGCACAGCAGCGUGGACGUUCGGGCAUUCCUCGCGGCGCUGGAAUUGCCGCGACGCAUUCAUUCACGCGCGCCGACGUUGGUGCGUCCCGGUGAACACGACUUGCGGUCCAGCGUCGGCGGCGAAUGGCUCGGUGAGUCCGUGUACCCUAUGUCGCUCGGGCAGUCUAUUGAUGUCACGGGGGCAAGUAUCGUUCUUUCAUACAUUAAAACGGAGCACCUGCAGCGGGACCUCUGCAACGACAAUUAUGCUCUGGAACUCGAAGCGUCAUCAUCCACUUCGAGAAGAAGUCCCAGCAAUGAGCGCCAGAGGGACAUCCCCCAGAAAGAGCCGCUGGCGUCGCGGCGCGCACUCUUUGUGGCGGCAAAACUCGGCACCCUUUUCGUUGUGCAGGAUCUCCACACACUGCUCCCCCUGCGAGCUGGGGGAAGUGCCCCUCAAGAAGGACAAGAAGAAGAAGAGGAGGAUUCAGAUGAAGAUGAUGCGGUGAAGAGCACAUCAGGGGUGGUGCACGCUGGAGAUCUCCAUUGUGAGAUGUGCCGUGUGAUGGAGCAGUAUGCUUUGCUGCCGGAUCCAGUGGCGGCACAGUUCUCUGCAGCGCACAGCCUCAUCCUCCUGCACGCGGGCUUGAUGCGUGCUCCACUGCGCGUGUCGGCGCUCGUCAGGCGGUGUAUGGCUGAGAAAGCAGCAGCAGCGGUGGUGAUGGCGCUCCUCCGCCAUGAUGCAAAGGUGGCUGAUGCACUCACCUCUGUUAUGGCACACUCUCGGGAAGGACCGGCAUCUUGUUACUUCGUUGCUCUGUGGUGCGCUGCGCUUUCUGCGCGCCUGAGUGAACCCUCUGAUACAAUGGCGUGGCUCUUCGUAGGCCUUUCUCGUGGCAUUGAAAAGUACACAACAGAGGGGGGUGAGGUAUUAGAUGUCUUCGUGGGUGCGGUGGAUGCGGCAUUUGCGUGUAUGAUUCACGCAAUGGAGACAAUAAUUAUGCAUUCGGCAGUCGCACCUCCUGGUGGAGCUGUGCAUCGCUUGAAGGAUCUGUGUGUCCGUGGCUUCAUGGAGGUUUUGGAUGCCUUGCUGCGUGUCAACCCUCAGCCCGUUGGGCCGACGCUCGAAAGCCGUCUCUGUGAGUUAAUAUUGGAUGAGGAGCCGGGGUGCACUUCUGUCACAGUGCGGGGGACGGCGCAGGUGCGGGAGGCUCUCAAGGCGUACUGCACAUCGGUGGUGGAGGAGCGGCUUAGUGAUCGAGGGCAGCAGACGGCUGCGGUGGUGCCGCAAUCAAUGUGGUGGCCGGAUGCAGAGCCUGAUCGGCACGAGAACUGCCGCCGUGUGCUGCAGCACACACUCACGGUGAGUGAAUACGCCUGUCGUCUGGAUACCAUCACCCACGCCGUGGGCCGUGGCACGAGGAGACACAGCAAACACCCGGCCGCAUUCUUCCUGGAUGGGAACGAGGGGCCGUGCAUGCACCUCUUCUCGAUGCCUCCCAAUGCUUCAACUAGUGGAUGGAUUGAAGAAGUGCAAUGCGUAGCGGCAUGCAUAAUCGCAACCACCGCAAGGGCUUUCGGCAGAAAGAAGUUUCGCUCCAUUUUUGCGUCACCGUUUGGGGCAUCCUCUGGCCACUACGCGGCAACAUACACACGCCUGCUCUAUCUGCGUUUCCUCGAGAAGGUCCACCACACUAGCUGCUCAGACCAUCAAUGUCUGCGGGCGCUCCUGCGAGCGCUGCGAUCCCUCACAGUGGCGGAAAAGGGGGCCCAUCGCAGUGCGGUGAGCCUGUCUGUUCCCACCAUGUUAAGUCACAUGUUGCCGAGUGGCGUUGCUAAAGUAGAUGCUGGCGGCGCCGCGAUGGAAGAAGCAACGCCAGUGGCGUUGCCAGAGCAAGAUAUGACGCGAACUCCAAUGUCCGUGACUGCCUCCUUGGUGGAUGAACUUGGUGGUGGUGGUGGUGGUGAUAGUAGUAAUAGCAGUAGCAGCUUCUGCCGCAGCAGCAUUCGCAAGGAACGCAACGUCCUGGCCGAAAAUGAAAAUGUUGACCACACAGAUGUGGUUGCCGAGACCACGCCGGUCUCUCUGGCGCCAAUCAUUCCGGUGCUUUCUUUUGGUGCUCUGGCGCCACCGGCAUACUACACCUCCAAUGGAGACACUGGUGGUGCACCGGUGGAUCAGACGUGCAGCCCACCUAUUUCUGUCCCACCAGUGCCAGCGCUUCUCCCAGUACCGACGCUGUCGCCAUUGCAACCGACAUCGAACGGAUCAGUAAAGGACGUGGAUGUAAGCACUAGCUGUAUGAGGGAGCGUAAUCCUCUGGCUACUCUUGAGGAUCCUGCAACGAUGGCAGAAUUGCUGCUUUUUCUCUGCUGCUUGUUGCCGGGGCGUGAGGGGGGGAUGAUAGGCCAGUCGAGCCUCGCUGCUGCCCACCAUCACGCCGAAAAAAAGUCGAAGCGGCCUCGACGUGACGGCGCUGGCGCGAUCCCACCAUUUGUACGCGUCCUUCGCACAGUGGAGGAGUUUACCCACCAAUCUGAAAACAGGCAUGUGGUUGAACUGUUUGACAAGCUUGUCACAGAGGAAAUGCAGACAACGAGUGCCCUCUGGAUGGGUGUAGAUGUGCUGCGAUGUCUGUUGCUUCCACAGCCGCAGCUGCUUGACGGUCUGAAUGUCGUGCGACGUAUUGGCUCAGGCGGCUAUGGCGCGGUCUUUUCCGCGAUGCACUCCUGCGCCACCCAUGCUGUGUGCCACCAUGGGUGCUCACUGGGGGAUGGGAAGCCUGUGGCUCUGAAGCUGCUGCCCGUCACUCGGCGUGACGCGGAUGACUGCACCACCUUGGUGAGCUGCCACACGGAGGCAACUGCCCUUCGCCGUUUGCAGGGGCACCUGCGCAUUUGUGAGAUGUUCUUCUGUGGAUGCACAGGUUCGCAUUAUGUUGUUGCCAUGCCAUUUUACAAGGGUGGCUCCCUCCGUGAGUGGCGUGCGACGAAGAGUGGCUUCCCUGUGGGUGCUGUCUCUGGCGUUCGUCGUUUCAGCCUCACGAGGGAAGAAUCUGUGAUGUCCACGACGUCCUCGUGUAGGGGCACCGUUCUCUCUGUCUGUGGGCCCAUAUUCGAUCAGGUGCUAGAGGCGGUUGAGUUCAUGCAUGCCCACCGCAUUCGCCACAAUGACCUGAAGGCUGACAACAUCCUUAUUGAAGAUUUCUACAUGGAAGCCGUGCCGUUUGUGCGGGUUUCUGAAGGCUGCGAGCGACCCCAGACAUUAGACGAGAGGGAGGUCGUCAUUCCCACUGCUGUCCGACUCUGCGACUUUGGCGUCUGUGAGGUCGUCGGGGAGGACGUGGGCAUCAUGCGACACGUCAACUCGGCGAGUGGCGAGGCGCGCUGGGGUCCCACCAAGGGGACGGAGGCGGUGCAGGCACCAGAGGCACUCGCGUUGGCGAACACUGCAUUACGGCCGGCAACGAGAGACAGCGAUGACACACCUUCGGAAGUGGCUAAUGUUCUCGAAGUGCGUGAUGCAUCCAACGUUACCCUGGAGCUGGCGGCCGAUAUGUGGGCGUGCGGCUGCCUUCUGUACGAGCUGCUGACGGGAGUAAUGCUUUUUGGUGGUGCCAACCUUGGUCGGCUUCUCGUCCUUGCGGGCUCUUUGCAAGGUGGCGAGUACCUUGGACAUGAUGUUCUGCAGCCACAUCAGAGAAACACACUCGAUAGUAUGGGCUGCGGCAUCACAGAGUUCGUGCUAAAGUUGCUUUCGGUAGACCCCGCGGAGCGCCCAAGUGCCACUGAAGCUCGGUUUGCAUGGAAGAAUUUGAUGCAGGCACAGGAAGACUAA